AUGCAUACCGUCUUUCGAGUGAGUGCAGUUAAACCGAUGGACAAUGAGAAUCAACUUUAUGAAGUUGAAUUACAAUUAACAUCGGAUGAUGACCAACAACUACGAUUACUUACUGAUCGAAUACGAGAAGAAGCUGGUGGUAGUACUGAAUGGAUAAAAUUAGGUAAAUUAUUGCUUAAAAUUGGUCAAGUUAAUAAAGCUGAAGAACUUUAUAAUGUAUUACUGGAACAGACAUCUGAUGAUGGCGACAAAGCGCAAUAUUAUGUUUGUCUGGGAUCUGUGAAAGAUGCGCAGGGUGAUUAUGAAAAGGCUAUUUGGUAUUACCAAAAAGCACUUGAAAUUCGACAAAAAACUCUUCCUUCAAAUCAUCCUCAUUUGGCUACUCCCCACAACAACAGCGGUGGUGUAUAUGACAGAAUGGGAGAGUACUCGCAAGCACUUUCAUUUUACGAAAACGCACUUGAAAUCUAUCAAAAAACUCACCCAUCAAAUCAUCCUUUAUUGGCUACUUCAUACAACAACAUCGGUGGCCUGUAUACCAGAACGGGAGAAUACCCGAAAGCAUUUUCGUAUUAUGAAAAAGCACUUGAAAUUCUGCAAAAAACUCUUCCUUCAAUUCAUUCUUAUUCGGCAACUUUAUACAACAACAUCGGUUUAGUGUAUAACGAGAUGGGAGAAUAUUCGAAAGCUCUUUCAUAUUACGGAAAAGCAUUUGAAAUCUAUCAGGAAACUAUUUCUUCAAAUCAUCCUGAUUUGGCUACUUUAUAUAACAACAUCGGUUUAGUUUAUGACAAGAUGGCAGAGUACUCGAAAGCACUUUCAUUUUACAGAAAAGCAUUUGAAAUUCGACAAAAAACUCUCCCUUCGAAUCAUCCCCAUUUAGCUACUUCAUGCAACAGCGUCGGUAUGGUCUAUAACAAGAAGGGAGAGUACUCAAAAGCACUUUCAUAUUUAGAAAAAGCAUUUGAAAUUCAACAAAAAAAUCUCCCUUCAAAUCAUCCUCUUCAAGCUACCUUAUACAGCAACAUCAGUUUGGUGUGUGAAAAUAUGACAAACUAUUGGAAAGCACUGUCAUAUAAUGAAUGGGCUCUGGGCAUAUGGCAACGUGCAUUGCGUCCAACUCAUCUUAAUAUAAAAAUUGUAAAGAAUUGUAUUAAACUUUGA